AUGACGGAGAAACUGGAGGAAGAGGGGAAAGCGCUGUCAUCAGCGUACGAGAUCUCGGAGCUGCGCGUGCCGCUGCUGGCGGACCCGCGGCGCGCGGCCGAGCUCAGCUGCCACUUCAACAUGGACCAGCACCGCCUGCACUCCGUCAAGUGGUACCGCGACAUGGACGAGAUCUUCCGCUACAACCCACAACAGACGCCACCAAUCCGUCUGUUCAACGUGACUGGAGUCAUGGUGCUGAACGGCUCGUGCGAGUCCUCGCGCUGUGAGGUGGCGGUGCGGCCGGCACCGGUGGCGGCGCGCGCGCUCUACACCUGCGAGACCUCAACAGAGGGACCCAAGUUCCUCAUCGCCAGGGAGACUAAGCUCAUGACUGUCGCUGCGAUGCCGACCCUGGACCCGGUGAUCUCGGGCGCCCCGGGCGCGGCGCGCGCCGGCGAGCAGCUGCUGCUGAACUGCAGCGCCGACUACUCGCUGCCGCCCGCCGACAUCCGCUGGUACAUCGACGAACAGCUGCAAAAGCCGGAUCCUUGGGAUCAGACCGUCGUCAGCGCACCCAUUGAGGGCGGUCUCCGGGCGUCGUGGCGCGCGCUGCGUCUAUCGGCGGCGGCGGCGCGCGGCGCGCUGCGCGUGCGCUGCGAGGCCGAGCUGCCGCUGCAGCCGCCCGUGCGCCGCGACGCCACCGCCAACAUACUAGUACACACCGGGACGCACCCAGACAAAUAUGUUUCUAACUCAGGAAACAAGGCAACGCUGAGAGGAGUUUUGCUCGUAUUUACUUUAAAUUGGACUUAUCAAGCAACCUGUAAGAUUAUUAGGUCAUUAUGAGGUCAAUUAAUAGUAGCGGGCGGUGAUAUAAUAAUAUAAUGUAGAUAGUUCAAAAUUUCUGUAUUAAUUUGAGAUUCCAUGAGAUCAUUAAGUAUGAUUAAAAUUAACAUAAUAUUAUCAGUGGCUGUGUUUUAAUUUAGUAAGAUUAAAUAAAUAAAUGAU